GAACCGAGAGAGCAUCGAGUGCUAGACGCCCGGGAGUGGGCGGCACGGAGAGCGGGGGUCAAUAUACCGGGAGUGGGGGUCAAUAUACAGUCGAGCUGGAGGAGAUAGGGGCCUUAUACACAGGUGGGGUAACCUAUAGACGGGGGCAGAUGGCGGGGGCAGGGAGCAGGAACCUGGCGUCGGCUGACUGGGGCGGCUUUGAGGAGAACAUCCAGGCUGGGGGCGGGGCUGCGGUGAUUGACAUGGAGAACAUGGACGACACCUCGGGGUCCAGCUUCGAGGAUAUGGGGGAGAUUAACCAGAGGAUGAAGGAGGACGAGGAGGAAGGAGAGGCGGUGACGGAGGAGGGCGAGGAGGACGGCGCCUUCCUGGGCAUGAAAGGCCUGAAGGGUCAGCUGGGCCGGCAGGUGGCGGAUGAGAUGUGGCAGGCGGGAAAGAGACAGGCGUCCAAGGCCUUCAACCUCUACGGCAACAUAGACAUCCUGCGGCCGUACUUCGAUGUGGAGCCCGUGCAGGUCCGCAGCCGCCUCCUGGAGUCGAUGAUCCCGGUCAGGAUGAUUAACUUCCCCCAGAAAAUCGCUGGCGAACUGUACGGACCCCUGAUGCUGGUGUUCACCAUGGUGGCCAUUCUCCUGCAUGGAAUGAAGUCGUCGGGAACAGUUAUUGUAGAGGGCACUCUCAUGGGCACUGCCAUUGGCACCUGCUUUGGGUACUGGUUGGGGGUCUCGUCCCUUAUUUACUUCAUUGCUUAUCUGUGUAAUGCUCAAAUCACCAUGCUCCAGAGCCUGUCCCUGCUGGGGUACGGUCUGUUUGGACACUGCAUCGUCCUCCUCGUCACCUAUAAUAUCCAUUUCCACUCUCUGUUCUACGUCUUCUGGUUGUGCAUCGGGGGCCUGUCCACACUGCGCAUGGUGGUGGUUUUAUUGUCGCGCACUGUGGGCCAGACGCAGAGACUUAUCCUGUGCGGAUCCAUCGCCGCCCUGCACAUGCUCUUCCUGCUCUACCUGCAUUUUGCUUAUCACAAGGUUGUAGAAGGUAUCCUGGACACGUUGGACGGGCAGAAUGUGGCUCCGCCUUUCCAGAGAGUUGCACGUGACCUCUCAAUGGGCACAAACUCGGUUCUAAACACCACGAGCCACGUCCUGAGCAUCCAGUCCCGCUGAGCGCAGCCUGGCCGCCCUCUUCAGACUUGGCGGUAGAGACGAUGGUUUUAGGAAUGACGCUCUUCUGGGGGACCUGUAUCCUGUACACACCCAGUCUCAUUGUCUGCAAAGGGUUAACAGAAAAUGUGCUCUUCCCCCAACCCUUAUCACUACAUAUGUGGGAGGCCCCCUGUGUCUUGUAUGACCCCCCCCCUCACAGUGUGGUGUUUACAGGAUGGGACUCAUUGUGCACUAUGAGAUGGGGGCACCGCUUAUCACUUCUGUCCAGUCUGCCGCCCCUCCCCCGCUAUGUUGGCUUUUCUAGGGUCUAGUGUUGUAGAAGCAGCGGGUGUCACCGUAUGUUGGGUAAUUGGUCCUGAGAAAAUAAAACUGAUAAAAGGUU